AUGUCGAACCUCCUUCAAAGCGUGCUCAGCUCGCGGCUUGCCAAUGCGACGCUUGGCGGCUCCUCCAGCGAAUCCUCCUCCGAGAGUCCUGCAAAGGAAGGACUCAACGACUGGGAGCAAGUCGACACAGACGAGGAGCUGGUCGCCGUUCAAUCCGCUACCGGCACCCCACUUGAGCGCAGUCGACCCGCCUCGCCCACCCGCGCGCACUCCUCGUCGCGUCUCGCGGUCGAAACAGACACAACCGACUUUGACAGCGACACAGCCUCCUCCUCCAAGCCGUCAAGCCGACUUCGUAAUGAUGUCUCCAAGAAACGCUCCUCUGCGAAACGCAGCAAGACCGACCCCCUCCGUGCGUUCACCUCCGAGAUCGCGCAGCACAUCUUCCUCCAACUCCCCGUCGAGUCGCUUCUAUCCUGUUCCGGCGUAAGCAAGCGUUGGCGUCGCUCAGCGACCCUCAACUAUUGCUGGUAUCGUCACUACCAACAUGCUUUCUCCGCCACCGACUCGUCGCUACCCGCACUCCCGGCAUGGGGCAGCGGCGGCGCCAAAUGGACGCGCCGCGAGAGCAAGACCGAUUGGAAAACCCAGUUCGGCCGCCAGAAGAGGAUCGAAGCGAGAGACGCAGCGAGGGCCGAAUCGCUCCCUGGGUCUGGGACGACCACCCCUUCGAGAACGCAGAAGAUGCAGGAUGCGGGGAUUCUGACGACCCACGAGGCGAGAAUGCAGCAGUGGAAGCAGGAGGAAGAAGCGCAGUGGACCAAGCAGGAGAUGCGCGAUUACUACAAGGCCGGUGCGAAGGGAGGGAAGUUCAAGGGGAAGCGGGAGAAGGGUGGAGUCAAGACUGGCGCAGCGGGCGACGGAGGGUUGUGGGAGUGA